CUGCUGGUCCUCCUGCCCAUCUGCGCACUGGUCCUGGUUCUGGACUAUGCGCGCAUGCUCUAUCUGCAUUUCAAGAUGCCUCCAGGGCCGAUUCCUCUGCCAAUCAUCGGGUGCACACACCUACUCCCAGAUGAGAAGCCAUGGAUCUUCUUCGAGGAGCUAUCCAAGCGAUACAACACCCCCAUGAUUACCUACUGGAUUGGACGGAACCCGACAGUCUGGAUUAACGACGCCUGGGCCGCCUCAGAGCUCCUCGACAAGCGCGCCGCCAUAUACUCCUCUCGUCCUCGCAUGGUAGUCUUCGGUGACCUCGGUAGCGGACAAAGCAACCUCGUCACGAUGAAGUACGGUGACCGCUGGCGCCUGCACCGUAAGCUCACACACAUGGGCGUCGGCCUGCAGAAGGUGCGCGAUUACCGCCCCUUCCAGAACGAUGAGAGUCGUGUCGUUGCGUACGACCUCUUGAGCAACCCCGAGGAUUAUGUACUGCACUUUGAGAGGUACGCGGCUAGUGUCGUGUCCAUUAUUGGCUUUGGGCGGAGAGUCUCGACGUUCAAGGACCCAAUCAUCCCGGAGGUUAUUGCGGUGAUGCACCGUGCUGCUGAUCUGAACGUCCCGGGGAAGAAAUUCCCCAUGCUCAUGGAAACGUUCCCAAUUCUCGCGAAGUUCCCGACGAAGAUCGCACCGUGGAAACACGGUCUCGGGGGCGGCCGCCAGCGCGGACGCAACUUCUUCUACGCGCUCGCGGACGAAGCUAACAAGGAGUCUGAGCAGCCCUGUUACUCCAAGACGCUCUUCGAGAGCCGCGAGCAGACGCAGCUCUCCGACCAGGAGAUCGCCGCGCUCUCGGGCAACCUCUUCGGCGCGGGGAGCGACACCUCCGCCUCGACACUCAUCACGUUCGUGCUCGCGUGCUGUGCGUUCCCCGAGGCUUUGCCGCGCGCAUGGGAAGAGCUGGAUAGGGUCGUGGGGCCGAAUCGGAGCCCGGACUUUGACGACGAGCCGAAAUUGCCGUACGUGAAGGCGUUCGUGAAAGAGGUAUUCCGCUGGCGGUCGGUCGCUAUCAUAGGCGGGCAACCUCACGCGCCAAUCCAAGAUGAUUACUACCAGAACUGGUACAUUCCUAAAGAUACUUGGGUGCAGGGUAACGUAUGGGCAAUCCACCACAACGACCGCGAGUUCCCAGAGCCAGACCGGUUCGCCCCUGAGCGGUUCUUCGAGGACAGUCCGCUCCACCGCUCCUUCCCCAAUGACCGCGGAUACAUGACAUUCGGCUGGGGGCGGCGAGUAUGCAGCGGUCAGGGUCUCGCUGAGCAGGGCACCUUUAUUACCAUUGCGAGAUUGCUGUGGGGAUUCCGGAUCCAGAAGGCGCUGAAUGAACAGGGGAAGGAGAUCCCCGUCGACAUUUUCGCGUAUACGAAUGGGCUGAAUAUGCGUCCCCAGCCGUUCAAGUGCCGUAUCACACCACGCUCGGAGGCCAUCAAAGAGACGAUAGAGCGGGAAGGCAAGCAGGCACUGGAUGAUCUAGCCAAAUACGAGGGGGAGACCAAGUACCGGAUGAGCACAUUCUACAAGAUGGAUCUUUGAGCGGUUUUAGAGUUGUCGGUCACUGUAUUGUUCUGUACGUUCGUGUGUUGUACUUUCCUCCAGGAAUAGCAUUAUAUUUAUGAACUUGCCUG